AUGGCAAUGUGCAGAUUAUAUUCAAAGCGGACAGAUUCAUUGUGCAGAUUAUAUUCAAAGUGGACAGUCCUGUCUGCUGAACCAUUGAGUCACCGUGAUUUAUAUCCUUCUACAUGUUCUGUCAGUAGAGAUGUUUAUGGAACUGGUGAACAAGAAUGGAUGAUGAAGAAUCAUCUGAUGUUGCCGUCUCCCAAUGGUGCUGAUCUGAACGAGAAGAAUUUUGUAACUACAAAGAAAGGAGGGUUUCAGUCCAAAAAGGAAUAUCUUUUCUUACAAUCUUUGCAGACAUGGCGAUCUAAUUCUGAGCCAGGAUCCAACCCCGAGCACAAUGCAGUUGUCCCGCUGAAGGGGGGACCUGUUCCUUCUCCAGGACACAAUUUACCACCCAGUCCAAGUCAUAAGCCUGUCAGCACAUUCAGUGAAAAGAACUUUGCAAGUUCUGAGUUGAGAAGCCAACAUGUUUUACUUCCUUCCCUUCAAAAGGGGGGAUCUGUUACUUCUCCCAGACCAAACCGAGGGCACAAUUCAAUUAACCCUCCACCACCCAAUCCAAGCCAUAACCACCCAGUCAGCACAUUCAGUGAAAAGAAUUUUGCAAGUUCUGAGUUGAGAAACCAACAUGUUUUACUACCUUCCCUUCUAAAGGUGGGACCUGUUACUCCUCCAGGACCCCAAUCCAGGAAACAAUCAGCACCCAGUCCAAGUCAUAACCCAGUCAGCACAUUCAGUGAAAAGAACUUUGCAAGUUUCGGGUUGAGAAGCCAACAUGUUUUACUACCUUCCCUUCAAAAGGGUCCUGCUACUUCUCCAGGACCUAACCCUGGACACCAUUCAAUUAGUUCAAUUCAUCAUAAGAACUUUGCAGGGUGCAACAUGCGUACUAAAAAGAACUUUGCAGAUAGGAAAAUGGCUUCUGCACAUCCUCCCUCCAUUUCCUCUGGUGGUUUAGUUGCAUCUCUAAAGGCUACUAGCUAA